AUGCUCUUCUCCACCAUCUUCACCGCCGUCGCUCUGCCUCUCCUCGCAGCAGCCUCGCCAAUUGAGCUCGAACGACGCGCCGGAGGACCUGCCAUCGUCCCUCUUGCUGAAAACUGCACACUCAUCAACCCUCUUCCCCACGCCUCUCUCCACCCAGGCAACGCCACCAUCUCCGGCUACCUUCCCUCGUCCAACUUCACCGAUUCAUACCACCUUUACUCCUGGUACAUCCCUCAACCCGACUUUGAGUCUCAAAAUGCCCGCUGGUCAAACUGCAUCCAGCAGUGCAAUGGCUUCCCCGGUUGCGUGUCUGCAUUCAUGGCCUACAGCGCUCCUCUCCCUAAGGGUUGGCUAGGCCUGGCUGGUGGAGAGUUGGAGAUUGGCUGCUUCAUGUACAACCAGACUCUGACACCGCUGGACUUUGUCGUUGCUGAGAAGGGUCAGUACGUCAACGCUACUGCUGGCAACAUCUACUGCCCCAAGGCUGCUCCUGCAACUGCAAACGCGAGUGUAAAGUCUUCCGCUUCCAAGAAGAAGCCUGUCAAGGUUGUUGCCUAA